CCGACCCAGCUCUAGCUCUGACUCUCGGACAGUGGUGGGACUCUCGGACAGUCACUUUUGUUAUUUCGUUUCGUUGUUUCGGAGAAGUUUUUGGGAAUUUUUUAAAAAUUCGCGGAGAAUAUAUGGUAUUAAAAAAUAUCAAAAUUUCAACUGAAACUGAUUGAGGCUGAAGCUGAAAAGAUGGCCGAUCAAGAACCGCCUCAGGAGCAGCCUAUAAUGGAUUCAAGCGGUGAACGUGACGGCAGUCGUGACGUGUCCGAGUACCGGAAGCGGCAGCUCCAACUGCACCUGUAUCUGCUCUUCCAUGCCCACAAGUGCAAACUUAGGGUGUGCAAUGUGAACUACUGCAAGGCCAUGAAGGCCGUCCUCGUCCACAUGGGUACAUGUAAGCAAAAAAUGGAUUGCACCAUGAAACCCUGCGCCUCCUCGCGCAAGAUCCUGCUCCACUACAAGACCUGCAUAAAGGGCGACUGCUUUUUAUGCCUCCCCUUUCGACAAAAUCCAGUGCUCCAGAAUGCCCGGCGGUUAAGAAGGCUCCCAAAUAGGCGGCAUCCAGCAGCAGCAGCAUAAGGACCAACAACCAAAUUGUCUGAAUAGAAUAUCAUACCCAAAAAUCAAAAGAACACCCCUUGUGCCUUAUAAAAUAUAGCCAAGCUUGUAGGAUUGCUUUUGCUUAAAUAAAAAAAAAAUAAAAAUAAAAA